AUGGCAUUGCAAGUGGUUUCUGUUCAUGGACCCCUAGUGUUGGUGAGCCACUCCCACCCCUGGAGCCAGAGACAGCUGCGGUGGUUUGCCCUGCCUCCUGUAGGCCAUGCCAGAAGCACCUCAUCAUGCUUAGCCCCCACAAGAGUUGCUGCACAAGCUGCUCUUAGCUGCAGAUUCUUGGAAAGGGACAGUGAUCGAGCAUCUGGGCACUGCCUAGAGUGUUUUUCAGUGGCAGCAGCAGGGAGGGUAUGCUCCCAGGAUAGUGAGUGCAGCAACAGGUGGUAUUCCAUUACAGUGUCCUUCUGUGUUGUGCCCUCUGAGGUGGUUGGUUCUGCAAGUGAUUUUUGCUCAGGAUCAGGCAAAAUGGCUCCAGCAAAGAAGGAUGGCAACAAGAAGGGCCAGUCCACCAUCAACGAGGUGGUGACCAGGGAGUACCCGAUCAACAUUCACAAACAUGGUCAUGGAGUGGGUUUUAAGAAGUGUGCCCCUUGGGCACUCAAAAGAAAUCCAGGAAUAUGCCAUGAAGAAAUCCAGGAAUAUGCCAUGAAGGUGUUGGGAACUGCGGAUGUGCUCAUCGACACCAGUCUCAACAAAGCCCUCUGGGCCAAAGGAAUAAGGAAUGUCCCACACGGGAUCCAUGUGUGGUUGUCUAGAAAAUGUAAUGAAGAUGAGGACUCACCAAACAAUCUCUAUGCAUUGCUCACCUAUGUACCUGUCACCUCUCUCAAAAAUCAAUAG